UGAUCAAAAUGGCGAUGAAAAUGCUGAUGAAAAUAAUAUUGAUCAUAAUCAUCAAUAUGGUAGUUUAAAUAAUAAUAAUAAUAACACUAAAUUACCACAUUGGUCACAAAAUAUAGCUAUUUAUGAAUCAUUAUCGAAUGGUGAUUAUCUAAUAUCGGGUGGUUCGGAUUAUGGUCAAAUGCCUUAUUUUACUGAAACAGGUGAUAUUAUAAUUGAAAUUGAUGGUGAACAAGUUGCUGGUUUAACAUCAAUAGAUAUUGAACAAAUAUUAUCUCGUUCAACAAAACAUACAUUUAAAAUAUUAACUGGUCAACAACAUGGAUUUCCAUUAGAAUUACGUGAAUAUUUAUCUAGGCGUUUUGUACGUGGUUCAUUAGAUCAUAAAUUACAAGAAUUAAUACGUGAUAAUAUUUAUUCACGUACAAUACCGAUAACAACACGACCAAAACGUGAUAAUGAAAUUGAUGGUGUUGAUUAUCGUUUUGUAACAAAAGAACAAUUUAUACAAAUGGAACGUUCCGGUUUAUUAUUAGAAUCAGGUGUUUAUUGUAAUUAUUAUUAUGGUACUGCAUUACCAUCAUCAACAACGAAUUAUAGUCAAGAAAAUCAUUUAACAAAAAAAAAUGAUAUAAUAAAUAUGAAAAAUGAUGAAUCAUCAUCAUGGACAACAAUGUCAGCAAUGGCAAAACGUAAAAGAAAUCGUUCAAAUUUAGUUGCAAUUGAUGCAGCAUCAUUACCAUAUGGUUGGGAACGUAUUUCUGAUUCACAUUAUGGUGUUUAUUAUAUUGAUCAUAUUAAUAAACGUACACAAUAUGAACGACCAUAUGAAAUUGAAUUAGUUAAAGGAAUUAAUGGUUUUGGUUUUACAUUAAUUGAAAUUGAUAAAGGUUUAAUUGUUGUUAAAUCAUUAAUACAAGGUGGUUCUGCAUCAGCAUCUGGUGUUAUACAAUCAGGUGAUGUACUUGUAUCGGUUGCUGGUAUUUCUGUUUCUGGUUAUCAACAUUCAGAUAUUGCACAAUUAUUUCAAACAUUUAAUGUUGGUGAUCGUAUACGUUUAACAUUUGCACGUGGUUAUCAAUUACCAUCCGGUAUUAAUGAUGAAGAUUAUGAUAUUAUUAAUUUAAAAAUUAUAAAAGGUUUUCAAGGUUUUGGUUUUACAAUAAGUGAAGGUCAUAAUGGACAAAAAGUAAAAAAAAUACUUGAUAUUGAACGUUGUUGUUCAUUACGGCAAGGUGAUAUUUUAAUUAGUAUUAAUGGUAUGGAUUUACAACAAUUACAACAUUUAGAUGUUGUUGAAUUAUUAAAACAAUGUCCAGUAAAUGAAUCAACUGAAUUUAUGGUUAAACGUAAAAAAAGAUUUCGUUCAAAAACACCGAAUAAUAAUCAAUCAAUGACAAUGCCAAUGAUGACAGCUAAUAAUAAUAAUAAUAAUAACGAUAUUGAUAUUGGAUCAUCAUUACGUAAUUGUAAAACACCAAAUGAAGAAUUAUUUUAUCAACAACAACAACAACAACAUUAUAAUACAUUACCUACAUGGAAUAAUAUUAAUAAUAAUAAUAAUGAAUCAACAAUACAAAUUACAAAUACUCAACAACAAAAUAAUAAUAAUAAUAUUAAUAAUGAUAAUGAUUAUCAACAAUAUUGUGAUCAAUAUAAUGAAAAUUUAGAUGAUUAUAAUCAAAUGAUGAUGAUGGCUAAUUCGGCUGCUUCUGUUGAUAAUAAUAAUCAUCUUUAUAGUAAUCAACAGCCAAUCAAACAACUACAACAACAACAACAACAACAAAUGGAUAAUUAUAGUAAUUUUCCAACAAUAAUGAUGAAUUCAUCAUUAAAGGUAAAUCAAUCGGCACCAUUAUUAUCAACAAAUGAUCGAUCAUCUGGUACUUUAUUCGGACAGAUUGAUAUUGAUUAUGAAUAUCAUCAGAUUAUAUUAAAUCGUACUGAUACUGGUUUUGGUUUUCGUAUUAUUGGUGGUGCUGAAGAUGGUAGUAAUGUUGCUAUUGGUUCAAUUGUAAUUGGUGGUUCUGCACAUAAAGAUGGUACAUUAAAAGCAGGUGAUGAAUUAAUUGCUAUUAAUGGACAAUAUGUUGUUGGUUCAAGUCAUCAAGAUGUUGUACAAUUAAUGGCACAAACUGGUUCACAAGUAACAAUACUUGUUAGACGUAAACGUUAUUUAAAUGCAUAUGAUGUACAAUUAUUUAGACAAGAUUAUGAAGGUUUUGGUUUUGUUAUUAUAUCAUGUGGUAAUUGUGCAUUAAUUGGUAGAAUUAUUGAAGGUUCACCUGCACAUCGUUGUCAACGUUUACAUAUACGUGAUCGUAUUAUUGCUGUUAAUGGUAUUGAUGUAACAAAUAUGUCACAUCCAGAAAUUGUUAAUAAAAUUAAAGAAUCAGGUAUAAUUGUACCGGCCGAUUGUUAUAGUUGUGAAUUAAUACGUGGUUCAAAUGGUUAUGGAUUUUCUAUACGUGGUGGUGCUGAAUUUAAUGGUAUGCCAUUAUUUAUUUUGGCAAUUGCAACAAAUGGACCGGCUAGUUCAUUAUUACAAAUUGGUGAUGAAAUAUUAGAAAUUAAUGAACGAUCAACAAUUGGUAUGACACAUCAAGAAGCUGUUCAAUUGAUUAGUCAAAGUCAACCAUCGGUUAGAUUACGUAUGCGUCAUAAUUAUGUUGGUGGUGAAUUUUUUUCAACAUCAUUAAUGUCACCACCACCUCCACCACCACCUCAGCAACAAUUAUCAUCAAUAUCAUUACCAUUACCGUCAUCAUCAUCAUCAUCAUCACAAAUAAUUGCAAACAGAAUAUCAUCACCACAACAACAACCUCCACCACCACCACCUCAAAGCGCAGGAAGUCCAAUCAUGAUGCAACCAGUACCAUCUCAAUCAUCAUCAUCAUCAACAGCAGCUACCGUAGCUGCAACAACAGCAAUCGCAAACUCAUCAUCAUCAUCAUCUAUACCUAUACAAUUUCCAUCAACUAAAUAUCCAUCCAAUAUGAUUAGUUAUUAGCAUUAAAACAUAAAACAAAAAAAAGUAUCCAUAAAAAAUGUACAAACAAACAAAAACAAAAAAUUUUUUCGUAAACCAAAAAAUAAUAAAAAG